GCCUCAACAAUCAGAGAAGGGAUUGGGCUGGGAGGAGCCAGAGCGGCGGCAGCAGCAGCAGCAGCAGCAGCAGCAGCAGCGAGCUGGGCUGAGAGCUCCGUCACUAACACAUGUCAGCAGCAGCAGAAGAGGGCUACAGAGAGGGAGAGAGCUGCAGCAACCGGGAGCUCAGCGCACACAGACAGCAGCAGCGGUAACCUUGGGCCUCCAGCUCUCCGCCAGCAGCCCGUCUCCUAUCUGACGUCCCAUCGUGAGAGCUUCGCCCUUUCCACCGGUGCAGCCGGCCACAGAGGAGAUAUCCAGGACUUGAUCCGCGGUCGGGUGGAAACUUGCAGCUGGGCAUCAGCGGGGAUAGGCGGGAUCUGUGCCUAGGGAACUAACUGCACCUGGGAUCGCAGAGCAGCGCUACCAGCAGCAGCAACUCCGGGACCUGUGCGUUCUCCUUACUGCACCCAUCCCCACUGAUCCGGCGGCGGCGGUGUGCCAUAGAGAGCGAGAGGACGGCAGAGACCAUGGUGAAUCCAGGUAGUAGUGCUCAGCCUCCUCCGGUGACUGCUAGCACCCUCUCCUGGAAACGAUGCGCUGGGUGCGGAGGGAAGAUUGCAGACCGGUUCUUGCUGUAUGCCAUGGAUAGCUACUGGCACAGUAGAUGUCUUAAAUGCUCUUGCUGUCAAGCUCAACUUGGGGAAAUUGGCACUUCAUGCUAUACGAAGAGUGGGAUGAUCCUCUGCAGAAAUGACUACAUUAGGUUAUUUGGCAAUAGUGGAGCUUGCAGUGCUUGUGGACAGUCAAUUCCAGCCAGUGAACUGGUCAUGAGGGCACAAGGGAACGUUUAUCAUCUUAAGUGUUUUACGUGCUCAACCUGUCGGAAUCGCCUUGUCCCAGGGGACCGGUUUCACUACAUCAAUGGCAGUUUAUUCUGUGAACAUGAUAGACCUACAGCUCUUAUCAAUGGUCAUUUGAAUUCACUUCAGAGCAAUCCACUACUGCCAGACCAGAAGGUUUGUUAAAAGGUCCGAAUACAACAGAAUGCGUGCCUUCAUCUCAAGUUCUGUUCAUCACAGAUGGAUCCCAUAUGUCUCCACUAGACAAGUCACCUUUUGUAGCUAGCAUCCGUGCCAGCUUCAUGCCAUUGCACCUUUUCUCCUCUUGGUUCCUUCCCACAUUUUGUUGGUGUAUGAAAAUGACUGAAGACACAUAUUCAGGACUCCUAGAACCUGGGUGAAUGGGGGAGACUCUUGGAAAAAAUAAAAUGAGCAGUUCAGCAGAGGACUUCUUUUAUGAGGGUGAAAUGGACUAAUGAAACCAAUUAGAAGAUACAUUCAGAAACUGCUUAUUACUCUCAUGUACGAUUAGCAGGGCACUGUCCGGCAUUUGCACCCUUUUCCCCUGAUAACACUCUACUCACUCUUUGUAUAUUUUACGUGCUGUGAGGAAGAAUACUCCAAUCAAACUGAACAUAAGAUAAAGGGGAGUUGUAGCUAAUGUGGUACUUUAUCACAAACACUUUUAUUGUAUCGCUCUGUAAAAUACAAUGUACGUAUGCAUGUAUGUGUUAUUAUUUUAUUUUUUAUUGUUUUUGUUUGUCCUAUUGUUGCUACUUCCCAUAGCAAAAAGGGGGAAGAUGCGGGAAAAGAAAUCUGCUAUUGUGUAGAAAUUUUCACCUACUUGCUGAUUGAAGAAAUCUUUUAUUUGUGAUAUUUUCAGAGACUUGCUCUAGUAUGGUGUAUUUAAGUAAUAAAAGAUUAAAAUGCUAUUGUUAAA